AUGACGUAUUAUGCAGCGCGCACGCACCUUUCGCCGCCAGAAGAGAGCGAGACGGGUAUGCGUCGCGCUAUCUCGCUUUCGGACCUCGCGGCCAAGCCAGUGCCGGCGCCGAGAACACCGCAAGGACCAACAAAAACAGUCCCGUCUAACACAAACACCAGUAAGUCGCCAGGCGGGUUCGUGCGUCCAGCACCACGAUAUGUCAAAUCUAACAUGACAAGAAGUAGCAGCGUCGGUGUAUUGAAUCAGAGUGACUCAGUCUGA